AUGAUUCUCAUUGUAGGCGGUCCAUCAGGCUGCGGCAAGUCAACAGUCGGCAGCUACAUUGCAGACAAGCUCUCCCUGCCCUUUGUCGAGGCAGACACGCUCCAUCCUGCUGCCAAUGUCGCCAAGAUGUCUGCUGGGAUCCCGCUGCAAGACGCAGACAGACUUCCGUGGCUCUCUACGCUGCAUCAGGUUGCAGUCCAGCAUGCAGAGACAGAUGGUGGAUGCGUCAUGACUUGCUCGGCGCUCAAACGCAGCUAUCGUACCAUCCUACAAGGAGACCGCGAGGAUGUUUACUUUGUGUUUCUACAAGUCGACGAAGAUGCACUGCUCAAACGGAUGGAGACACGCUCAGGACACUUUAUGAAGAAGGACAUGCUUGCGAGUCAGCUACAUGACCUGGAGAUUCCUUCAAAAGAAGAGAGCAAUUGCGUCGUCCUCGAUGCAUCCAAGAGUAUCGCCGAUACGCAGAAGCAGGUCCUCGACCACGCUCGUAGCAUCCAGCACGCCUCUGCUUAG